CUCGAACUCAAUUGCUGCCGGAUUCUUGAUAGAAAAGGGUCCUCCUCGACGACGACGUCUUCUCCAGAAAUCCCCAGCUCUACACAUAUAGAUCUACAUAUUCAUUGCUUGCCCUGCCCCACCACCCCCCCCCGCUCCCAUUUCGUCAUCCGGGACCCUACUAGAGCACUUAUCGAUAAGCUCGAUCAGCUCCCCGCCGCGCCGCCGCUACCCGCUACACCACAACCGCGGCCUCCACAUCCAAUUCCACCGCAACCCCAUCUACAUCGACAUCUACAUACGCCCACGCCCACGAAACCCACAUGCAGAAAAUCACCGACAAGAUCGCGGCGCUGCCGCCAGGCGAUGUGUACCACAGUCUUGAAUUUUUCCCUCCAAAGACAGAGAUGGGACUUCAAAACCUCACUGCACGACUCGAACGGAUGGCGCUCGCCUUGCGGCCGCUCUUCGUGACGGUGACGUGGGGCGCCGGCGGCUCGACAGCGACCAAAUCACUACAACUCGCGGAGAUCUGCCAGAGCCAUCUGAACCUCACCACGUGCCUACAUCUGACGUGUACGAACAUGUCGAAGAAGACAUUGGACGAGGCGCUGGAGUCGGCGAAAGAGAUCGGGAUACGGAAUAUCUUGGCGCUUCGGGGGGACCCGCCGAGGCACGAUGAGUAUUUCAAUCCGGCGACGGAUGAGAAACAAGGGGAGAACGAGGCGGAAAGGAGGGAGUUCGUGUGGGCAAUUGACCUCGUCAGGUAUAUUCGCGAGAAGUACGGGGAUUACUUUUGUAUUGGCGUGGCGGCAUACCCGGAGGGAUACGCGGAGGGGACGUGCCCUGAGCACCAGGACCCCGUGCACGAUCUUCCAUACCUGAUCGAUAAGGUCAAGGCCGGUGCGGACUUCCUGAUGACGCAACUGUUCUACGGUGUGGACAAGUACGUCGCGUUCGAGAAGAUGCUGCGGGAGGAUCCGUCGGGGGUGUUUGCGGACAUGGUGAUCGUUCCCGGCCUGAUGCCGAUCCAGAGCUACUCCAUUCUCCGGCGGACGACGAAGCUUUCCAACGCCUCGCUGCCACAGAGUCUCCAGGACCGUCUCGAGAAGGUGAAGGGCGACGAUGCGAAGGUCAAGUCCGUCGGCGUUGACAUCCUGGAAGAUAUCGUUACCAAGCUCCGCAACACUCUCCCCACCCGGCCCCUCGGAUUCCACUUCUACACUCUCAACCUGGAAAAAGUCGUCUCCCUCGUACUGGAGCGCUGCAACCUGAUCCCGCCCCCUGACGAGACGGCCAUAAUCGAAGACGACGAAGCCGGCACGAUAAUUGUGCACGGGCAACGACGGGACCGCAGGACAUCCUCCCUAACAGUCCCAGACAACCGCCUAGUCGUCGACGGCCUCGAAGGGCGGGGCGACAGCAUGCUCCUCGAGACGGCCAAAACCGCCGGCUUCCUCCAGAACAACAACCAAUCGGAGCAGCGCGCGGACGUGACGCUCACCAUCUCCGAAGGUGAAGGCACGCUCGGCCGCGAAGCAACAUGGGACGACUUCCCGAACGGGCGGUUCGGCGACGCGCGCUCCCCCGCCUUCGGUGACAUCGACGGCUACGGCCCGUCGCUGCACAUGUCGCACUCGCAGGCGGCGAAGCUGUGGGGCUUCCCCGCCGCGCCCGAGGACAUCAGCGCCUUGUUCGUGCGCCACAUCACGGGCGACCUCUCGGCCAUCCCCUGGUCCGAGCAGGACCUCAACGAGGAGUCGAAGGUGAUCCGGGACGAACUGGUUGCGCUCAACAAAAAGGGCUGGUGGACGGUUGCCUCGCAGCCCGCCGUAAACUGCUGCCGCAGCGACGACGCUACUUUCGGUUGGGGCCCCACCGGCGGCUUCGUCUUCCAGAAGGCGUUUGUAGAGUUCUUUUGCUCGACCGACGACCUGGUCCGCCUCGAGGGAAAACUAAGACAGCUCGGCGACGUCGUCAGCUUCUAUGCCGCAAACGACGCCGGCGAGUACAGGUCCAACAUGCCGCCGAGCGAGGAGAGCCUGAACGCCGUCACAUGGGGCGUGUUUACAGGCAAAGAGAUUAUCACUCCAACAAUAAUCGAGGAGGUAAACUUCAAGGCGUGGAAAGAAGAGGCGUUCAGCAUCUGGUACGAGUGGAGCCGCGUGUACCCGCCAAGAUCGCCGACCGCACAGUUCCUUGCCGGCGUCGCGAGAAAGUACUGGCUCGUUAAUGUCAUACACCACGAUUUUCCGGAGCCCGCGGCACUGUGGGAGUUGUUGGCGGGGUUGUAAGAGAAUGGGGACGGGGGAAUGGGGGGUUGUAUAUAUGGUUACUGGG